AUGCCGUCAGCACUACCGACGGGAACUCCGAACGAAGCAGCCAUGGACACUUAUUCUACCAAUGGUGUUAAUGGUGUGAACGGCGUCAACGGCAACGGCGUCAACGGAACACACAAUGGCUUGGUCAACGGCGGAACCAAUGGCCACAGUAGCCACAACCACAGCAAUGGUCACAGUAACGGCCAUAGCAACGGCCACAUCAUAGGUCACAACAAUGAUCAUACCAAUGAUCAGACCAAUGGUCACACCAAUGGCCACCUCAACGGCCAUAGCAAUGGCCACAGCGACUCCCCCUCAGUCCCGGGCUCACCGUCCCCGGCCGAGCCCGUGGCGGUCAUCGGCAUGUCCAUACGGUUCCCAGGAGAAGCGACCUCACCGGAGGCGUUCUGGGACAUGCUGGUGGAAGGGCGGUCUGCGUGGAGUGAGAUCCCGGCGAGCCGCUUCAACGUGGAUGCGUGGUACCAUCCGAAUCCAGACCGGAUCGAUGCUAUGAACGUGAGGAGCGGACACUUCAUCAAGCAAGACCCAGGCGUGUUUGACGCUCCCUUCUUCUCCAUCUCGCAGUCCGAGGCCAACAGCCUGGACCCGGACCAGCGGAUCAUCCUAGAGACGAGCUACCACGCGCUGGAGUCGGCGGGCUUACCGAUGGAGUCGCUGGCGGGCACCAACACAUCAGUGUACAUGGGCACGUUCACGCGCGAGUACGGCACCUUCUGGGCGCGCGACCCGAUGCGGCUGCCUAAGUACGCGGGCACGGGGACAGGCCCGGCGCUGCUAGCGAACCGGGUGUCGUGGUUCUACGACCUCCGCGGCACCAGCAUCACGCUAGACACGGCGUGCAGCAGCAGCAUGAACGCGCUGCACCUCGCCUGCGAGUCACUGCGAGCGGGCACGACACACACCGCGCUCGUCGGCGGCACCAACCUGAUCCUCAACCCGGACUCGGCCAUCAUCCCGCUAACUAACCUCGGGUUUCUCUCCCCCGACGGCCGGUGCUACGCCUUCGACCACCGCGCCAACGGGUACGCGCGCGGUGAAGGGUACGCGAUGCUGGUGUUGAAGCGGCUGGCCGACGCCGUGCGCGACGGCGAUACCAUCCGCGCGGUGGUGCGGGCCACGGGUGCCAACCAGGACGGCCGCACGCCGGGCAUCUCGCAGCCGCGGGCCGAGGCACAGGCCACGCUGAUCCGGGAGACGUAUGCCAAAGCCGGGUUGCCGUUGAGCGAGACGCGGUUCUUUGAGGCGCACGGCACGGGCACGGCGGUCGGGGAUCCGAUCGAGGCGUCGGCAAUUGCAAAGGUGUUUGGCCCGUCGCGGACGGUGGAGAGUCCGUUGUAUGUUGGGGCUGUCAAGUCGAAUAUUGGGCAUUUAGAGGGGGCGAGUGCGAUGGCGGGGUUGGUGAAGGCGAUCUUGGCGCUGGAGCACGGGGUGAUUCCACCGAAUAUUAAUUUGGAGCGGGUGAAUCCUAAGAUUCCGGUGGAUGAGUGGCAUAUUGCGUUUCCGACGGAGCCGAUUCCGUGGCCAAAGGCCGGGGACUCGGCGGAUAGCAAUGGGAUUGCGGUGCGUCGGGCGUCGGUCAGCUCGUUUGGCUACGGCGGUGCGAAUGCGCAUGUGAUUCUGGAUGAUGCUGCUAGUUAUCUUGCGGCGCGGGGACUCAAGGGGAAGCACAGGACCUUGGUUACUAGGAGAGUCCAAGAAGUCCAGGAAGACCAAACAUCAACCAACGGAUCUGACACCGAUGAAACUCACAACCGACUCCUAGUCUUCUCAGCAGCCGACGAAGACGGCAUCCGCCGCCUCAGCGAGACCUACACCUCCUACCUCGCCACCUACCUGUCCAAACCCUCAGCCACCUCCCCCCUCACCCUCUCCGAACUCGCCUACACCCUCUGCACCAAACGCUCCCUCCUCCCCUGGAAAGCCUACGUGCUCGCCCCAUCCCUAACACACCUCCACAACACCCUCCAAGCCACGGGUCUCCCCAAACCCGUCCGCUCCUCCACCGCAGCCGCCAGCCUCUCGGGCACGCCAGGUUUGGCGUUUGUGUUUACCGGCCAGGGCGCCCAGUGGGCUGCUAUGGGUAAGGAACUGAGGGCGUACCGCGUGUUUGGGGAAAGUCUGCGGCUGGCGGAGGAGUAUCUCAAGGGGGAACUGGGGUGUGAGUGGUCUGUUGCUGAGGAACUCUACCCUGAGGAGAACUCUGAGGAAGACUCUUCCGAAACGAAGACUCAGAUCGACCGUCCGGCUCUCGCACAGUGUCUGACGACAGUGGUGCAAGUAGCGCUAGUCGAGUUGCUGCGCACAUGGGGGAUCGUGCCCGCGGCUGUGGUGGGUCAUUCGUCUGGGGAGAUUGCGGCUGCGUAUGCGGCGGGGGGGCUGUCGCGGGAGUCGGCAUGGAAGGCGGCGUAUUAUCGGGGGGUGUUGGCGGGGAAACUUGAAAGCACUCUCCGGGCUGAAAAGGGGACCGAGGGAGGUAGUGGCAGCGGGUGGGGGAUGAUGGCUGUGGGUAUGAGUGAAGCCGGAGUUCAAGAAUAUCUAGCGAGGCUGGACAAGACCAAGGGGGAGGUGACGGUCGGGUGUGUCAACGCACCGGAGAAUGUCACCGUCACGGGCGCCUCCAAAGGGUUGGCGGCGUUGCAGGUGCUGCUGGAAGAGGACGGAGUGUUUUGUCGCCGGCUGAGGGUCACACUGCCGUAUCACUCGCGGCAGAUGGAGGCUGUCGCGGAAGAGUAUACCGCUGCGCUGCAGGGGAUUGUCUCGGGCCUCGCUGCCACAUCUAACAGCGAACCCGGCCGUGAGCAGGAGAAACAACCCACGAUGUACUCCUCGGUAACGGGCGCGGCGGUAUCAGACGUGUCCUCGCUCAGCGAGCCUCAAUACUGGGUCGCCAACCUCGUGUCGACGGUGCGGUUCGCCGAAGCAGCCGGGGCGUUGGUCGCGGCUACGGGGAUUGAGAGGUUUGUUGAAGUUGGGCCUACGGCUGCUCUUAAGAGGCCGGUUCAGGAUGUUGUCAAGGCCAGCCGUCAGAGUACAACAAUUCCUGGAAAGGGGGCUGUGGCAUACCACUCGGUGCUCUACCGUGACCAGGAUGCGUCUGUUUCGGCGCUGGAUAUGGUCGGGCAGUUAUUCUGUAGCGGGUACCCGGUUGAUUUGGCGGCUGUUAACUCUGUUUCUUCUUCUCCUUCUUCUCUGGGGGGAACUGGAGAAGGGAGUGAGAAGAAGAUUGGCAUGGCCGUGGGCCUGCCUGCGUACCCGUUCAACCAUGCGAAGCGGUACUGGGAGGAGAGCCGGAUUAGUAGGAAUCUGCGGUUUAGAAAGUUUCCGCGGCAUGAGCUGUUGGGCACGCGCGAGGCGGACUGGAACCCGCUGGAGCCAAGGUGGCGUAACUUUUUGAGGGUGUCGGAGAGUUCGUGGAUUGUUGAGCAUGAGUUCAACGGCUCUCCCAUCUACCCCGCCAGCGGCAUGAUCGUCAUGGCCAUCGAGGCCGCCCGACAAAUCGCCAGCCCGCCUCCCGACACGGCCAUCAGCGGGUUCCGCAUCCGGGACAUGACCCUCAAGAAAGCCCUGAUGGUGUCGACCAGUGCCGAGGGCGUCGAAACGCAGCUGACCCUGCGCCCGAAGAAGACCACGGGCACGGCUUCCCACGAUGCCAGCGUCUUUACUCUGUACCAACUGACCGGGCCCGGCGACGAGUGGACCGAGCUGUGCAAUGGGACAGUCAUCACGGAGUAUUCCCAACCCCAGAGCCAGCAGCAGCAGGCUGAGGUAGAACAGCCCGAGACAGCCCUCGCCCACAAAGCCCAGGAACUCGCCUUCCAAACGGGCGCUGCGCGAUGUCAGAAACGCGUCGACACGCGGCAGCUGUACGAGAGUCUAGGCGGGAUGGGCUUCAAGUUCGGCCCGGCCUUCCAGACGCUGCACGAUGUGCGGUUCAGCGACGAGGGUGAGGCGCUCGCGACCAUCCGGCUGCGCGAGUGGGAAGGGAAAGUCAAGGACAACCGCGUGCAGCCGCAUGUGAUUCACCCGGCGCCGCUGGACGGGGUGUUCCAUCUAGCUAUUGUCGCGUCGACUAAGGGGGGGUGGAAUGCCGUUCCUACGAGUGUGCCGACGGCGCUGGAGGAUUUGUGGAUUUCCAAUGACCUGUUUUCUUCUUCCCCCGAGACCGCCAUGGGGGUGUACACGCAGCGGCAGUUCGCCGGCCUGCGAGACGAAGAAUACAAGAUGGUAGCCGUCGACUCCGAGUCCGGCCAGCCGCGGAUCGUAGUCAACGGCUACCGCGGAACAACCAUCAGCUCCUCACGCGAGGGCGCAGCCGCGGGAGGGGACGAAGUACCCGACGGCGAAGACCCCUCGCGGCGGAUCUGUUACGAGAUGCACUGGCAACCAGACGUGGCUCUGCUCUCCCCGGCGGAAAUCCGCGACCUGUGCAUCCACCGCGAAAUGCAGAAGAACACACCCGAGUACCAGCGGGCCGUGCACUACGCUGAGAUUUUGUGUUUACAUCACAUGCGGGAGGCCCUUACCAACAACCCGGACCUGACCGCGCCCCCGGACCGGCCGCAUCUUGCGCGGUAUAUCGCCUGGAUGCGCCACAACCUCGCCCUGCCGUCGUCCCAGGCCCGGUUGGCGUCGCCCGAAGCGGUGGAAUUCAUCGCCGCUACCCCGGAACAACGCACGGCGUUGCUCACUGCAGUCACCACCGCCCAGUCAUCUACCGACGGGGAAACCGACCAAAAGCCCGCGGAAACAGGCUACGACCUCUACGCAACCGUAUCCGCCCACUUCCCCGGCAUCCUCUCGGGCGCCGUCGACCCACUAUCCCUGCUCUUCAACGCCGACACCCAGCUAGUAGCACGCUUCUACCAAGCCGACUUUUUGGCGGCCAACUAUGCGCAGAUGGCUGCGUAUAUGGACCUGUUAGCGCACAAGGACGCCAAUAUGCGGGUGCUGGAGGUCGGUGCUGGCACGGGGGGUGCGACGGUGGGGAUUUUGGAGACGUUAGCCAGACAUGGCGGUGACUCUCAGGGCAGUGAGGGAGGGGAGAAGGGCGCGCCGAGACUGGCCGAGUAUGUGUAUACCGACGUGUCGGCGGCGUUUUUUGAGAGUGCGCGGGAACGGUUUGCGCCGCUUGUGGGGGGGGAGAGGUUGACGUUCAAGACGCUGGAUAUUGAGGGGGAUUUGGCCGCUCAGGGGUUUUUGAAGGGUGGUGAAGACGACCAGAGUCAAAAAUACGACGUUGUCGCAGCCGCCAACGUUCUCCACGCCACCAAAGACCUAGGCGUCACCGUCCGGAAUGUACGUCGACUGCUCCGCGACGGGGGCAAGCUGGUGUUGUUUGAGGUGACGGAUCUUGAGAGCGCGCGUAUCACGUUUGCGUUUGGAACACUGCCGGGUUGGUGGUUGGGUAAUGGGGGAGAUGGGGAUGGACGGCAGUGGGGGCCGUUGUUGUCGGUGGAGGGGUGGGAUCGGUUGUUGAGGGAGUGUGGGUUCUCGGGGGCCGAGGUGGUUAUGGGGGAUGUGGAACGGGGAGCGUCGUUUAGUGUUAUUGUUGCUGAGGCUGUUCCGUUGGUGGGGGGGAUUCCAAGGGGAAUUACGGGAGGAGAGAACUUAGAGGAGAAGGAGAAGGCAGUGGCAGUGGCAGUGGCCGAGAAAGAGAAGGACAAACUGGUCAUCGUGGUGGACGAAGACCAACCUCUCCAACUAGCGGUCGCCAACGCCCUCGCCAACGCCCUCGCCAACGCCCUUCCCCAGACCCCAGGGACAGUGGUCGUCCCCCUCACGCACCUUGCCAACCACCCUCUCGACCGCGCAUCCUGCAUCUUCCUCCCCGAACUCACCCGCUCUCUCCUCGCCCACGUCACCCCCUCCGAGUUCGAGACCCUCCGCCAGCUAGUCUGCCGCGCCUCCCGCAUCCUCUGGGUUACCCUCGGCGGUGCAGAGUCCUCCGACAACCCGCUGUCUGACCUGGUUGUUGGGUUCGGUCGGUCCAUGUGCUCGGAGCGGCCGCUUGAGUUGCAGUUUUGCACGUUGGCUUUGGAGGGAACUUCCGAGGACAACAGCAGCAACGCGGUAGACACCAUCGUCAAGGUCUUUGGGAAGCUAUCCGCGCAGCCUGUGUCGGCGCCGUUUGAGACGUAUUACCUCCAGCGUCGCGGGCUUGUGUGUGUUGGUCGGCUGGUCGAGGCGGGGUAUUUGAAUGAGCAUGUGCGCGAUCAGACGACGGCGCAGUCGCCGCGGCCGGAGCCGUUUUCGGGUGUGACGGAUGUCGUGGCGGAUGCCGUGGCUGGUACCGUCACGGAUACAGAGAAGCAGACUGAGAAACAGCCAGAGAAGCAGACAGACCGCGCCCUCGGCCUCAAAAUAGGCUCGCCCGGCCUGCUAGACACCUUCUACUUCGCCCACGACUCUGUCCACGAAACCCCCCUAGCCCCCGGCGAAGUCGAAGUGCGCGUGCACGCUUCCGGGCUCAACUUCAAAGACGUCAUGGUCGCCAUGGGCCAACUACCCUUCCCAACCAUGGGUCUCGAGUGCGCGGGUGUUAUUACACGGUUAGGACCUCCCCCCGAAUCCACUACCAGCAACUGCACCAGUAACAACACCGCCAACCCUAACCCUACCCCCAUCGACACAACCGGCCGCUACAGCACCGGUUUCGCCAACGGCUACUCCGACCUCCACAUCGGCGCCCGCGUCGCCUGCUUCGCCCACAACGGCUCCUUCAAGACCUACGCCCGCGCCACUGCCGCCCUGGUCGCGCCUAUCCCGGACUCGCUGUCCUUUACCGAGGCCGCGACGCUUCCCGUAGCUUUCCUGACUGCCUACCACGCACUUGUUGAGAACGCCCGGCUUGAGCCCGGGGAAUCGGUUCUUAUCCAUGCUGGUGCCGGAGGUGUAGGCCAGGCGGCGGUGCAGUUGGCGUUUAUGUUGGGGGCUGGCGAGGUGUUCGUCACGGUGAGUACGGAGGCGAAGAAGAAGUUGCUGGUUGACGAGUACGGCGUAAACCCAGACAACGUAUUCUCCAGCCGCAAGCUCAGUUUCGCCCAAGGCAUCCUGCGCCGCACCUCCGGCCGCGGCGUGGACGUAGUCCUAAACUCCCUGGCCGGCGACGUCCUGCGGGAAUCGUGGGCGUGUGUGGCCACCAUGGGCCGGUUUGUGGAGAUUGGGAAACGAGAUAUCAUUGCUAAUGAGGCGCUGGCGAUGGGGAAGUUUGGGAAGAGCACGACGUUUGCGGCGUUGGAUUUGGAUCUGGCGGCGAGGUUUAGGAGUGGGAGGGUCGGGGGGAUGUUGAGGGAGAUUGUGAGGUGGGUUGGGGAGGGGAAACUCAGGGCCCAGGUGCCGUUGCAUGUGUAUUCGGUUGGGGAGGUGGAGAAUGCGUUUAGGGGGUUGCAGAGUGGGAAGUUGGCGGGGAAGGUGGUGGUGGAGAUGGAUGAUACCGUCGUCCCAGUCGUCCCCCGCCCCAAACUCCCCUACCAGUUCGACCCCCACGCCAGCUACCUCCUCUCCGGCGGCCUCGGCGGUCUCGGCCGCAGCAUCGCCCGCUGGAUGGCCUCCCGCGGCGCCCGCUUCCUCAUCCUCCUCUCCCGCUCCGGCCUCGCCUCCCCCGCCGCCCAGUCCCUCGCGUCCGAACUCGCCCAGCUCGGCGUCCGCGUGGCCGCACCCGCCUGCGACGUCUCCGACCCAACCGCCCUCGCCUCCGCCCUGUCCUACUGCUUCGGUACCGAGAAAUUCCCCCCCAUCCGCGGCUGCAUCCAAGGCGCCAUGGUCCUGCGCGACAGCAUCAUCGAAAACAUGACCCACGCCGACUACCACGCCGCUCUGCGUCCCAAAGUCGCCGCCUCCUGGAACCUGCACGCCCAGCUUCCCCAAACCCCGGGCUCCCUCGACUUCUUUGUGUUGCUUUCCUCCCUCGGCGGCGUCAUCGGCAACAGCGGCCAGAGCAACUACGCCGCGGGUAACACCUACCAAGACGCCCUCGCCCGCCACCGCCACGCCCGCGGCCUGCCCGCGUCGGCCCUGGACGUGGGCAUGAUGAUGCAGGUUGGGUUUGUAGCGGAAAAGGCCAAGAUUGCGGAGAGCUUGAUCAUGGCGGGGUAUACCGCCAUGUACGAAGCGGAAUUACUCGCUAUCCUUGGGUUCCUAUGCGAUCCCCACCAGCAGCAGCAGAACUCUCCUAUCAAAAACAGCAGCCCCCUCCGCAGCCAGAUCUUGACGGGUGUCACCACCCAGGGUGUAUUCCGCCGCAAAGGCUUCGAAGAAAAAAACUGGAUGGCCCGUCCCGAAUUCAACUACCUCCGCCAACUCGACUCUUCCACCUCCUCCCCAUCCAACCCCAAUUCCUCCUCAGACCCCUCCACCCAAUCAAUAAACUACGCCACCGCCCUUCCCCCCCUCACCUCCCUCUCCGAAGCCACCGCCCUAGUAGAAACAGGCCUCAUCCGCAAAAUGUCCAAAGCCCUGUUCAUCGCCGAACAGGAUAUCGAUCCCGCGUUGCCGGUGUAUGCGGCGGGCGUCGAUAGUCUAGUGGCAGUGGAAUUGAAGUAUUGGUUUUUGAAGGAGUUGCAUGCGGAGGUGGCGGUGUUUAAUAUUUUGGGGGGGGGGAC